UGUCACAUCGCUGCUGCCUGCGGAAGCUUUCACCAUGCAUACCUCGCCUUGCGCCGAGGAGAUGGGAGAUGCCCCUGCUGUUGACAUUGUGGACAUCUAUGAAUCCAUACGUGAACGGCAGCGUCAUGACAGUGAAAGGUCUACGUGUAGCACCCUUGAACAGAAUGACAUAGAAGCAGUCGAGGCGCUUGUUUGUAUGAGCUCAUGGGGUCAAAGGUCACAGAAAGGUGACCUAUUAAAGAUAAGACCUCUUACACCUGUCUCAGAUUCAGGUGACUUCACAAUGCACACUGAACCCACAUCUGAGUUGCCCAAGGAUUUUAACUUUUUAUCUACACUGUGUAUGACACCACCAUAUAGCCCAGAUUUUGUUGAGCCUUCCCCAACAACAGCACUGCUCUCGUCACAAGCCACUUACUCAAAAUCUAGGGCAAGCAAGGCAAACACAUCUGCCUGCCCAGUCACUCCUCCGGCUUGUGCUCUCGUUGCAGCCCAGCCAUCUGUCUUGCGUGUGGAGAGAGAGCCCAGCCACAAGCCAGCAAGAGCUGAGCAACCCGUUCCUCCGCUUUGCAGAGCCAUGGCAACCAGCGUGAUCCGUCACACAGGCGACCGUUCUGGUUACUCCUGCAUUCCUGGUGUGCAACUGAAAGCAGAACCAAAAUCGGGCAACGGUGGUUCUCCAGAUCAGCACGCGGCGCAAGGACUGCCACAUUCCAGAGUUUCGCAGGAUUGUGAUGUGGCAGACAAUGUAAUCUGUGACGCUUCGCCGGCCCGUGAAUCUUAUUUGCACAACUCAAGUUGUCCUAGAACUGCCGGUCCAGGACAUGAACUGCCGAGCUUUGCUUCUCAGCAGGCUCCUCUUCCAAAGAACUGUGAGAACGAUACGCCACAAAAGUCCGCCCCGCUUCUGCCUGCCCCUCUUUCCAAUCCCCAGGUCAUCUGCCAAAUGAUCCCUUUGGAUGGACAGAGAGGGAUGGUUCCAGCCUUUCUGAAGCCCUCAACUCCGACUGCAGGAACAGUCAAGCCCAUCUUACCCCACACAGCCCCACUUUCUCAGCCUGUGCUGAUGGGACCAUCUGUGCCUCAGGGGACGGUCAUGUUGGUCCUUCCACAGGCUGCUGUUGCCCAGGCGUCGCCAUGCCAUCAAACUGUGAUGUCUGUUGGGAAUACUAAGUUAUUGCCUCUGGCCCCUGCUCCAGUUUUCAUUGCCUCUGGUCAAAGCAGCGCACCUCUAAUGGACUUUUCCCGGAGGAGGAAUUACGUCUGCAACUUCCCAGGCUGCAGGAAAACAUACUUCAAAAGCUCUCACCUGAAAGCCCAUCUGCGUACACAUACUGGAGAAAAACCUUUCACUUGUAGCUGGGAAGGUUGUGAUAAAAAGUUUGCCCGUUCCGACGAACUUUCACGCCACCGCAGAACUCACACAGGGGAGAAGAAGUUCGCCUGUCCGGUCUGCGACCGCCGCUUCAUGCGUAGCGAUCACCUGACGAAACAUGCGCGUCGUCACAUGACCACGAAGAAAGUUCCCAGCUGGCAGACAGAAGUUGGCAAACUGAAUAGAAUUGCAACGAUGGAGAAGCCAAGAAGCGAGAGCGCGUUGAGCAUGCUUCUGCCUAUGCUGUCUUCUGGCUAAACAAGCUUAUUUGUGGGGGGGGGAAACACUUCAGGAGUAACUUCCCAAAAAAACAGCUUUGACUGAUUUUUUUUAAUUAUUAUUCUCAUGAGUUAUGCUUUUAUAUUCGGGAGGGGAGAACUGUAAAAGUCUUUUGUCCUCUGCCUCUCUUCCUUACGUUUCAACCCUAUUUAAAUGUUGAGUUAUAUUUUAUUUCUCUCAUCCUUUCCCCCCUCCAAGACUUUGGGGCAUUCACCAGCACUUCAGGAAAGCAAAAUAAUAAUAAUAAUAAUAAAUGGGGGUGGGAGGUUGGGGGAGGAAUAUUGGUAGUGGAUUGUUCUUUGCAAACAUAUCCUCACUUGAGUAACACUGGUUGAUAGAAAAUGAAACAGGGUGGUUUUGUUUUUGUUUUUCAAUUUUAUACUAGUUUUUCUAUGUAUCUUGUAUUUGUCCAGCUGCAGUUUGAUCUUGCAAGUCGCCCUUCGAGAGGAGUGGCAUGCAAGAUCAGAGUGACCUUUUGGAAACCGCUUUUUUGCUGCACCUAAUCCAAACUGGUUUAGAAUAUCGUGUCUGAACCCCCACCUCGCAACUGAAUCCACUGCUGUGUUGCAGUUUAGAGCGCGGUCAUUCUUUCCCAUGUCUUGGAAUAGGCACCUUGGAAUUGUAUGGAAGAUUGAGGCAUGCAACUAGAUUGGGUCUCUUACUUAGAUGUGAUACAGACCAUGUGCAGCGCUGCUGGAAAAUCCUUGCCUGUGUAGUAACUCCACAUGGCCAGCUGAGCCGUUACCCUAGGUGCCUUUCCAUAUGUAUGCAGCACCUGCUGUGAAGUCAAGGCUUCUUGGCUUGCAAACACUAGUGCAUGUGACACCAGCUGUGUGAAGCUCCUGUGUGGGCAUGGGUUUAGUCGAGGGACUGCAUGAGAUCCCUGUUGCAUCUACAUUGGCUCUCAGAUACACAAUUCCAGCACGCUAGUGCUAGACUGACUAGAGUUGGGUAAGGGUGGUAAUGUUUGAAUCUAUUUUGAAACAAAGGAGUGGCUUGCCAGAGUGCCCCCUCUGUUUGUAAAUUGCAACAUCAAAAGUGCCCUUUAUAAUUUUGACCUUCGUGCCGAUAACUUGACAGGGUUGUGGGCUACAUGUCUGUCAAUAGUAUAAUCCUGCCAAAGUUAUGAACUUCCACAUCCCAUUGCCUUCAGUGGGAAAGUUAAGCACAUCCUUAAAUCUGUCCCUUUGAAUUUAGGUUCAGACAACAAGCUAAACCAUGCUGCUUAACCACAAAAUGGUUAACGGAAUGCAUUAACCAUUUUGUGGUUAAGCAGCAUGGUUUAGCGUGUUAUCUGAAUGGGGUCAUUGGGAAGCAAGUGCAUAACUUUGGUUAGAUUAUGCCCUCCUUGAUGGAUGCUUAAAGGAAAUGCAGAACAAUAUGGAGCUAUUGGGAAGGGGGAUUACGGGGUCAAAGUUGAAAAUGUGCCUGCGUGAUCAUCUUUACACAUCCAAGCAAACAUUUGGAGACUUCUUAGCAUACAACUAAGAACAUAAGAAGAGCCCUGCUGGAUCAGACCAAGGGUCCAUCUAGUCCAGCACUCUGUUCACACAGUGGCCAAGCAGCCAUCGGCCAGGGAUGAAUAAUCAGGACAUGGUGCAACAGCACCCUCCCUCCUAUGUUCCCCAGCAACUGCCUCGAAUACUGGAGAUAGCACACAACCAUCAGGGCUAGUAGCCAUUGAUAACCUUUGCCUCCAGGAAUUUAUCCAACCCCCUUUUAAAGCCAUCCAAAUCGGUGGCUAUCACUACAUCUUGUGGUAGUGAGUGCCAUAAUUUAUGCGCUGUGUGAAGAAGUCCUUCCUUUUAUUUGUCCUGGAUCUCCCACCAAUCAGUUUCCUGGGAUGACCCUGGGUUCUAGUAUUUUGAGAGAGGGAGAAAAAUGUCUCCCUAUCUACAUUCUCCAUACCAUACCAUGCAUAAUUUUGUACACUUCUAUCAUGUCUCCCCUUAGCCUCCUUUUUUCUAAGCUAAACAACAGAUGGCUUGAAGAAUUCUCGAGAAUUCCAUGGAGGAUGAGCAAAGCAAAUUGGUUGACAUUCAGUGUUCUGCAUUUAUUCAGUUGGAGCUCUAGGUUAAAUCCUAUGUUAGCACUCGUGUAACAAUACUUUCCCUUCCUCUCUUCCCCCCAUCUGCUCUGAAGGGUUGGAGAUUUGGGGGAGGCCGCAGGGGGACGGGGAAUCCAUCUCACUGACGAAUGUUGUUCCGUUGGCAAAAGAUGCCUGUUAGAUAGAACCCUCUGUCUUGUAAUUCUUGGGUUUUUAAGACGAGUGUGAUUGAUAACACUUGUAGGAUACGGCAGACUAACAAUACAUUGUUCCAGAACAGUUCUUUUUCUCAUUUUAAAAUUGCCCCCGCAGUUCUUAGCUUUGGAACAAAAACUGGUAUAAUAAUGCUGCUGCUGUUCUUGUCUCCAUUUCCAUAGCACAUUAGGUAAGUAAAAUGAAAUGAUUGCUAAUUGCAGAGCUGCUGUUUCUUGGCUUUUGGAGGGCACUUUGAGAGAACUAAAUUAUGGGACACAAGUGGCUCAUUCAGCUACCAUCUCAGAGAAUUUGCUAAAUUUUGCAAACAUAUAUUUAAUCAAGCAGAGAAAAUUGUUUCUAAUGAUUAUGUGGAAGCAUGGUGUAGAUGUGUGUGGUAUAAUACCUGACAUUUCAUUAGCAUCUGAAACUAGGUAGACCUAUCAUGAUUAUUAUAUCAACUAGAUACCGUUAUAAUUAAGCCAAGGUUGCAAUGCGUUCACCUAUUUAUUUUGGAGGCAUCUGAAAAUAUUUCCACUGUUGGUAGGAGUUUCCUAGAAAUACAUUUGGAAUAAGUGGUUUAGUUAUUGCAAUUGGGAACUGCUGAUACUAAAGAAAACUUGUACCAGUAUAUCUACCGUCAGUUCCUGAAUAAUUCCUUGGCACUGCUGAUGUAUAGGGUUGCCAGUAUUUUUUUUUACUGGCUCUGCUUUUGUGUCUUUAGUAGCAAGCUGAUCUGUAGAAAUUUAGGAAGUGGAGCUUUUCCUAUCACUUCAUCAGCGUGCUAGAACAACCUUCACUGACUACAUUUCUGCAAGUCAGGCUACUGGUAAAUGCAUAAGAAGCUGUGCCACGGGGGAAAAAGGGUUUGCAACUCUAUAUGGUGUGAGAGUCUGCAGAGCCACUACUGUUAGGAUGCCAUCCUAAGCAUUUAUCUGCCUGCCCGUUCACUAUUGAAUUUGAAGAGUCUAACUUGCAUGGAGGUGAUCAUGAUAGCAGCAGUCAUAUCUUCAAAAAAGAAAGUAGCAAUUGUCAUUGAAAUAUAAAGUAAGAAUUGUCUUAAGUUCAUCAGAAUCUUUCAACCUGGCCUACAUUCCCAAUUCAGGUAUUUGUAAGCAGGCUUCCAUUGAAAUGAGAUUCAACUAGGCUGUCCUAUCUUGUGACCUGCCAAGCCAAAUGCAGCCACAGCUGUGUUAUAUGGUUUGCUGAGACCUUCAGAACCAUCCUGUUUUGCUGCCUCAGACCACAAGAACAGGAUGUUUCCUGACCCGAAGCAGGCUAUCAUACCUGGUUGCUGGGUUGCAUUUGAUGGGUCACUAAUUUAUGCAAGCAUGGGGAUGUUAUAGAAACUGCACCCCCAGUAUGUGUUUUUUUAAUUUUCUUCUACUACACAUAAUUAUAAAUUUUACUUGUUGUAGCAAGAGCCAGCAGAGCUGUGGGAUUAACCCCCCCAAUCCAAAAGGUGCAAGGCAGUUACGCUUACUUUAUGCUCAACGAAUUAAAUAGAAAUGCAUAUUACACUCAUGCAGUGUUAAAGAGCAUAAAUGCAGUGCAUAGAACUAGUCUUGAAUAGUCUGGUUAGUUUGAAACCACUGCCCCUGCCCCCUUUCUUUGCAGUAUGCAGGCAAGAAUCUGCUUUUCUCUGGUGUAAUUCCAUUGAAGUUCAUCAGAAGUCACCUGAAAUCAAAUGAUUUCCCUUAUGUAAUUCGAAGACUUUUUCUCAAAACGUUUCCAAAUUUCUGAUUCUAAUUAUUAGCUAUAUCUGGCUUAAGAUUAUGGGAAUUUAUGUUUGGUGUAGUCAAAUAUUGUGCCUAAUAUUUUAUAUGAAUAAACCUUUCUGUUCAGCAUUUAUUGUGAAAUCCCUGUAUUUGUAUGUAUAUGCAAAUAUUGUUUGUAUUUCUCCAAGGGCUGCAUUGUAAUUCCUCUUCUAGUAAAGUGGAUAUUUGCGUA